AUGGAAUUGGACGAUGAUCGAUUUCCUGACGUCCCGGCACUUCUCACACAGUCCGCCUUCUCUCAGAAAUACAGAGAAUACUUACAGAGUGCGGGAAUAUUAGAUGGCCGCUACCGUGCACAGAAGCUGGAGGAUGGUACAGUGGCCCUUCCAGUGCUCAAAGAGAAGAUCAGUGUGUCUGUCCUGAGGGAGCUCAUGGAAGCCGUGGCCCCUGGAAGCUCUUGCAGGGAAACAUUAAUCAAGAAUCCUGUACUCUCUAAACGUGCCAGAGUUCAAUCACCAGCCCAGAAGUUACGUACGGACCUGUGCGAGCUGUUGGAGCGCCACGGCAUCAUCUGGAGGAGGAACCUGGAGCACGACCUUCCUCACUCAUGGCAGCGACAUGGCGACUUAGUUGUCCUCAGCGGAGACUGCUUUUGUGAUCCUUUAUGGAAGCAGCUGGGUAUCGAGCUUUGGGUGCAAGUAGCCAGUUCUCUUGGAGUGAAACGCGUGGCCAAGCAAGGUCGAAUACAGGAC